CCCUGAAAAAACUUGCACCACAUAAAUUUUAUCAUCAUAUGGACUUAACCAAAGACUACUAACACUACUAACGGUUGUUAGAGUGUGCAUGUGAAACCAUUCACCAUUCGAUGAUUUUGUUAAAAUCCUCUUGCUUUCUACACAGUGCACCAAACAUUGCCAAGUCCAAGCAUUUUCUUGGCAGAGCAGCCUACUGCAGCCUAAGAAAACAGGAGAGAAGAAGCCUCAGAAAAGCUUGGCCUUCAAUCUCAGUGACCCUAUUUGGCUCAGGCUUCUUCUUGGGUCCCUUGCUUGAUGGGCUUCACUCAAGGGUAGAUCUUGUGGUGUAUGACAAUGGUGCCAUUAACAUUGGUCCACUCCAUACAAAUAUCUGGGUACCUUUUCUCCUUGGUUCAUUCUAUUGCACUGUUGGUUUGCUUCAAUUAUACUUGGAUGAAAGAGGAUCUUCAAAGAUUUUAGAAGAUGAUAACCAAAAGAAAGCAGCCACUUCUUUUAUAGCUCUUGUGGCAUUCAUAGAACUAAGCGCUGAAAUGUACAAAGCUGGAGUUGCGUACAACACUGAGGCCUACAUAUUGUUCGGAUUAGCAGAGUUGCUAUGGCUAUCCCUGGAUAGAACACUGUUGGGGUUUACCCUGGCAUGCAUUGUUGGAAUAGGUUGCCCACUGGCUGAGACUCCCUUAAUGAAGUUCUUCCACCUAUGGCAUUAUCCACAACCCAACAUCGAUAUCUUUGGCCAGGUAAAUGGUAGAACUAGCUCCCAAACACAUCAAAUUCACUAUAAUAUAAGAAAGUAUUUGAGUUUCUGUAAUUGCUUCAAUGCAGGGACUAGUCAGCUGGACAAUCACUUGCUAUUUUGCUUACACCAUAUUUUUGAUUAAUUUCUCUCGAUGGCUGAAGUCAGUGUUAACUGCCGCUGAUCAAGUUAAUGAGGGAGAAUCUUAACACUGUUCAAUGUUUAAAACCAAAUUUCAUGUAUUUCGAAACAGAACAAAAUCCAAUGCUGGAAAAGAAUUCAUCAUCCUGGAUCAGGGUUGAAUCUGCUGAGGUCAUUGUUCAUGAAUAAUAUGUAUAAAUAAUGUGAAAAGGGCUAUUAUACGUCUUCACAUAAUCAUUCAUGAAAAAAAUGUGCAAAGAAAUAACAUGGUGUUCCCAAAAUUAUAUCCAUAAAUAAAUGUACUAUUUACUUCUGGUGACAAUGUAGAACAAGUAAUUUCUGAGAAA